UUAGUCAAUGCCCUGGAUCAAAGUCACGGUCCACUUUCUUACAUCUGUCCGAAAAUCAAACAAGUUGGGGAUUGCAGAGAUAGUCUCAGUUCUCAGUUCGACCCAAUUUGUUCUUGUCAUACAGAUUCCUUCUGAACAAGGGAAUAAUGGUUUUGGAAGUGGCAUUGGCUGUUGGAGGGGCAUUUCUCUCCUCAUUUCUGAGUGUACUGUUCGAGAAGAUGGCUUCUCCUCAGUUCCUGAACCUGCUCAAGCAACAGAAACUCAAACGUGAUCUCUGGCAGAACCUGGAGAUACUGCUGCUUACGGUCGAUAAGGUGCUGGCUGACGCUGAGGACAAGCAAAUCAAGAACCCUUCUGUGAGAAAGUGGCUGGACAUGCUCAAGGACGCUGCCUAUGAUGCUGAGGAUCUACUAGAUGCAAUCGCAACUGAAGAUAAGAGGGGUCGUUUGGAUCGAGAUAAGAAAGUGCAGUUCAACGCUCGCCUUGAACAUCUUCAUCAGAAACUAAAAGACAUAGCUGCACAGAAGGAUGCCCUUAGUUUGAAAGAGAGUUACGGAGGGAGACCAGUCCCGAGAUUGCCCACAACUUCCUUGGUCGAUGAAUCGGAAGUAUGCUUUAGAGAAGAUGUCAAAGACCAGAUUCUUGAUUUUCUGGUAUCAGUUGCCAAGGAUGAGGAUAAAGUUCCUGUCGUUGCAAUCGAAGGUAUGGGUGGGAUCGGUAAGACAACCCUGGCUCAAUUUUUGUUCAAUGAUGAAAGGGUGAAGAGCUACUUUGAUUUGAGAACAUGGGCUUAUGUUUCUGAAGAGUUUGAUGUUUUCAAGGUGACCAAAACAAUUUUCGAGUCAAUUAUAUUGUGGCAUUGUAAUAUCAGUGAUUUGAAUGCACUCCAGCUUGUGUUGGGGAAGAGACUGAUGGGAAGGAGAUUUCUGCUUGUCCUAGACGAUGUUUGGAAUGAGAGUUUUGUUGAUUGGGAUCUUCUGAGAAGACCCUUUCAAGAUGGGGCUCCUGGAAGCAAGAUUAUUGUGACAACCCGCAGUCAAAAUGUCUCAUUCACCAUGCGGUCUGUUCUUGUUCAUCAUCUGCAGCCCUUACCUGACGAGGAUUGCUGGUCAUUAUUUGCAAAACACGCAUUCAAGAACAAGGGCUCGGGUGAAGAUCCAACCUUGAAAGCAAUUGGUAAAAAGAUUGUGGAAAAAUGCAAAGGCCUUCCUUUAGCUGCUAACACGCUUGGGGGUCUCUUGCGUUAUAAGGUGGAGGCGGAGGAUUGGUACAAUGUGUUGAACAGUAAAAUAUGGGAUCUACCCAAUGAGAAGAGCAGCAUUUUGCCUGCUUUAAGGUUGAGCUACUACCAUCUCCCUUCUCACCUAAAGCGGUCCUUUGCUUAUUGCUCCAUAUAUCCUAAGGGACUUGAAUUUGAAAAGGGGAACUUAGUUCGACUUUGGAUAGCAGAGGGGUUAGUGCUUCAGCCAAACGGCCAAAGAAGAAUGGAGGACGUGGGUGGACAGUACUUUGAUGAGCUAUUAUCAAGGUCAUUGUUCCAGCAAUCGAGUUGUAACAAUUCAUGUUUUGAAAUGCAUGAUCUUGUCAAUGACUUAGCUCAAGAUGUAGCAGGGGAAUUUUGUUUUAAGUUUGAGGAUGGCAGCUUACCUCAUAGACCUGAAAGGGUUCGCCAUUUAUCCUGUAUUCCUAAGCAAGAUGAAGCCCCUGAAAAAUUUGAGGCCUUUUAUGGAGUAUUCAAGAGUUUACGGACCUUUUUACCACUCCGAUUAUCAAACUCUGGUAAGGUUUUUCUAAAUCCAAUAGUGCUUAAGAAUUUGUUUCCAGUAUCAGGUUGCUUGCGUGUAUUGUCAUUAUCACCUUAUCAUGUAACUAAGUUGCCUGAUUCAAUUAGCAACUUAAAGCAUCUACGCUAUUUGGACCUUUCUCACACUGAUAUUCAGAAUUUGCCUGAAGGACUGGGUUCUUUGUAUAAUCUAGAGACAUUGAAUUUGUCACAUUGUCAUAGUCUCACACAGUUGCCUGCAAAUACGGGGAACCUUACAAAAUUAGAGCAUCUUGAUAUUAGGGGGACUGCAGUGACGGAGAUGCCAGAAAAUUUUGGUAAUUUGAAAUGUCUCCAGUUUUUGAGUGGUUUUUUUGUGAGCAGAAACAGUGAGUCAAGGAUUAGUGAGUUGAAGGACCUGUCUCUACUCUUUGGUACCCUUUCGAUUUUGGGGCUCCAGAAUGUGUUUCAACCAGAAGAUGCCUCGAAGGCCAAUUUGAAGGACAAGAAAUACCUUAACGAGUUAAUUCUCAAGUGGGCUACUUAUGAUACACAUAAUGCAACUGAGGUACUCGAAAAGCUGUGUCCUCAUGAAAAUUUGAAGAAGCUCCACAUUGAACGCUUUGGGGGUACAAGACUCCCUGAAUGGUUAGGGGAUGCUUUAUUCUCCAAAGUAGAGUCUCUACAACUUGUUGAUUGUGGAAAUUGCUCAUCCUUGCCAUCUCUUGGACAGCUACCCUCUCUCAAAGAACUCCACAUUGUACGAAUGAAAGUAGUGCAGGAGGUAGGUGAUGAGUUCUAUGGAAACGAUGUCCUGCCAUUCAAAUCCUUGGAAACUUUGCUGUUUCGAGGAAUGCUGGAUUGGCAGCGGUGGUUGCCUUUCAAAGACGGUGCAUUCCCUUCCCUCCAGCAACUCAUUGUGCAUAAAUGUCCGAAACUGACAGGGUGUUUGCCCAGCCUUCUUCCUUCCUUGGUGACGCUUGACAUCUAUGAAUGUAAGAAACUAGAAUUUCUUCAUCCGAAUGGAACAAAUCAAUAUUCUGCGCUCGAGCGUUUGUACAUUAGGAAGAGCUGUGAGGAUCUCAUAUCAUUACCAUUAGGCUCCCUAACCAAACUCCGAAAGAUUAAACUCCAGGAUUGCAAAUUUCUUAGAUCUGUUGGGAUGCCACAGGACUGUCACGAGGAUCUCAAAUUCCUACGAAAGUUGAAAAUUAAGAACUGCGAUGAUCUGGGAACCUUUGAUGCAAGAGGGUUGUCAUCUCUCCAGAAGCUAAAGAUAGUUCAUUGCUCAAAUCUCUUUACAUUUGGGGAGGGUGGUUUGCCAUCUAGUCUUCAAUCAAUUUCAAUUAGGAACUGCAAGAAUCUACCACCCCAAGAAACAUGGGGACUGGAAGGCAUGGGAUCACUCAGGCACUGUGAGGUUAAUUAAGUCACAUGAGAAGUUAGUGGAUGCCAAUGAACAUGCAGAUUACCGAUCCACGAUGAUGUGACAAAAUCAACAUGAAAUUGGAAGUCCAUUUGGCUGUAAUCCCGAGAAUGCAUAACAUAUUACUUUAUUUAUUGUCUCAAAGGACCCAUCUUGCAAAUGUGACAUUCUGUAACUCUAUUUUGCAAGGGGUUUUUCCUUUUUUUUUUUUUUUUUUUCAUUUUGGUGUAACAGAUGAAACCAAAAACAAACUAGACUUGCAAGCUUCAGGAAGGCUACUUCAGCAUCAUUGAUCAUGAAUUAGCAAGUUGAUCACCCCUGUAGGUGGACACUAAAUGGAGUUAAAAUUCUGAGGGAUGUUAAAUUUAGAAUUCCCCUUCUCCCUCAAUAUUCAUACUUACCCUUUCUUUUCCUACUUUCAGUUCUUCAUUGUUGUUUCUGCACAAAGUUGACGAAAUUAAGGCAAAACUGGAUAGUUCUAUCA